GAUGCAGCAUUGGCUCUUGCAUCGUGAGCUGAUGUUUGCACCAUCCCAGGCACAGCCACAGGAAGCAGCAGUGUGCAAGCAGCAGUUCCCUUUCCUCUCCCUGCAGAACAGCUGUCUUGUAGCCUGAAGUUAAUGUUUCACCCUGUGAUGUCAGAAGGGAAUUCCCAGAAGUGGAAAUCCCUCAAUUCCCUUCUGCAGGCUGUGCCCAGGGCAUGUGCAAGGAGUUCCUGAGGCCCUUUAAGAAGUCUCUCAGGAAGCUGCGUUUGCCCCAGCACCUCCCCAAGGAGAAAAAAGUGAAGUACACAAAGGAAAGCCUGACCAUAAUCGGGGACCGCAUCAACAUGUUUCUUCAGCAGCAUUGCAGAGCCUCGGAGGUCAAGCACUGGAAGACGAUGAUGUGGAGGUUUGUCUCCCUCUUCUCAGAGAAGGACGAAAGGCAGCUGCAGAAGCUGUAUAAGUACAUCAAGAGCAACAGAAUGGACAAGUUUAAGCUGUUAUGCUGUCACUCAGAAAGCACAGAUUCAGUUCCAGGAAGAAACCUGAGGGAAACAUGCAGGAGCAGCCCUACAACAGCUGGGACCUUGACGGAGGUACCAGAGGCGUCCAGAAACAACCAGGGCGCAAACCAGGGAGCAAACCAGGGCGCAGAGGCCGUCACCACGAAUGCACCCACUGGAGCACAGCCCAGCGGCAAGAACGACAGCUGA